AUGUUCCGGGAAGUGCGGAAGUACCUCACACUGAAGGUCGUCAUGCUGCCGUGCGCCGGAACAGCUGAUGCUCUUGCCGGGGUUUGGUACAGCAGGUACGCGGUCGGCUACAUGCUGCACUUUAUCUUGGGCCAUUUUGUUCCUAUUGAGGACAACGAGCGCGCGGAGGGCUGCAACGUCGUGAGCAGCUUGUUCUCGGACCUGGGCCGCUUCCUUUGUUUCGUGCUUGUGGUGUCCAUCUCCAUGAAGGUGGACAACGCUUCCAGUGUGAUGUACGAUUGGGAGGCCGCUUUCUGGCCUUGCUGGGGCCUUGAGGGCGUCAUUGCUUUGGUGGUGCUGCUGGUUCUCCCCGCUUGCAUGCUCUCCACCUUCGCAGACCGGCGGAAGCUGAUGAUGCUCACUUGGGUCGUCUUCUCUGGGCUGGGCCUGGGUGCCGUGAGCUUCGUUUCCAUGUACAACAUUGCAUUCAUUUUGGACAACGAGCUUUGCUCGAAGCCUCCGUUUACGCCGUCCUCGGGGUCGGUGAGGUGUUCGCAGAAGCUCCAGCUGUCCAUCUGGCCAUGGUUGAUUUUUCUGCCCAGCUUCGCCAUUGCAACGACUUUGGCAAAGGUGACCGUCUAUGGCGCCUGCUUCUGCUGCUUCAACGGCCUCAACUUGGAGAACGUCGAGAUCGGAUGUGCUGCUAAGGAGACACUCCUUUGCCUGGAGUGGGACUUCUGCCUCAAGUCCAACACCGAGAAGCUUCGCUGUUUCUGCCUUGACAUCCGCCUCGUGCCUGUGACCGUUUGCAUCAAGCAGCAGGGCCAGAUGUGCUGCCUUGUCUCCGCAGCGGCAAUUCCGCCCGAUGCGGAGGUGCCCAUGAUGCUGUCUGUCUGCUUCCUGGUCUGCUUCCCCAAGUUCGGCUUCUUCAAGAAGAUCUCGGAGGUCAAGGGAUGA